GCUGCAAUCGGAUCCGUCAUUAGUGUCAAAGAGCUUGACCGAGUAGCUACGCAGUUCGUCUUUUCUUGUGCUGAUCCUGAGAAAAUAUUUUUAAUAAGGGAAAAUACCAUUUUCCUAUUUUAGUCAGUUUUAAAAUUUUGUCCCAAGUUUUCCAGGUGUAGUGAGGAAAGAGUUCAAACGUGCUAUUUUUAGUUUGUUUUUCCUAUAAGUUAUAUUUUGGGUGACCUUGCCAGAACCGUAUAAGCCAAGAAGGAGAUGUACCGAUUGGGGCAGAUCGUGAUCCGCAACAGCCAGAAGGUGAAAGCCAUCGAACUGCAGAGAUGUCUCUCCGCAGCUCCACAAACCAAACGGGUCGAGGCUCAGCAAUCGGCCGCCGACAAGAAACCCAACAUGUCCUUCCUGACCAACAUCUUCCGGGGUGAGGUCCAGCCUGUCCAAGUUUUCCCCUACCCAGAGGCCCUGGACGCCGAACAGAAGGAGUACAUCGCAGCCUUCGUUGAUCCCGUUAACAAGUUCUUCGAAGAAGUUAACGACCCAGUCAAGAACGACAACAAUGCCAAAAUUGAGGAACCGGUGUGCGAUGCCCUGUGGGAGUUGGGAGCCUUUUCGCUGCAAGUCCCACCGGAGUACGGCGGCCUGGGCUUGAACAACACCCAAUAUUCCCGUAUGUGUGACAUUAUCGGUGGUCAGGAUCUUGGAUUGGGUAUUUUCAUCGGUGCCCAUCAGAGUAUUGGCUUCAAGGGAAUUCUGCUGUACGGCACAAAGGAACAGAAGGAGAAAUACCUACCGAAGGUGUCCACCGGUAGGACCUAUGCUGCAUUUGCCUUGACGGAGCCGAGUUCCGGAUCCGAUGCGGGUUCAAUUCGAUGCCGUGCCGUUAAGAGUGCUGAUGGCAAGCAUUACGUGCUGAAUGGAUCCAAGAUCUGGAUUUCCAACGGCGGAAUUGCCGAUAUUAUGACAGUGUUUGCUCAGACGGAGGUUCAAGAUCCGAAAACGGGACAGAAGAGAGAUAAGGUCACCGCUUUUAUCGUAGAGCGAGGUUUCGGAGGGGUUAGCAGUGGUCCUCCGGAAAAUAAGAUGGGCAUCAAAUGCUCGAAUACCGCUGAAGUUUACUUUGAAGAUUGCAAAAUUCCUAUUGAAAAUGUUUUGGGUGAGGAAGGUGAAGGUUUCAAAGUAGCUAUGAACAUCUUGAACAAUGGCCGAUUCGGUAUGGCUGCCACUCUUUCGGGUACCAUGAGGGCUUGUAUCCAGAAGGCCACUGAGCAUGCAACCAACCGCGUACAAUUUGGAAGGAAGCUCGAGACCUACGGAGGCAUCCAGGAAAAGUUGGCUAAGAUGGCUAUGCACCAUUACGCUACACAAUCGAUGGCCUAUAUGAUUUCCGGAAACAUGGAUUCUGGUUCUACAGAUUACCAUCUGGAAGCAGCUAUUUCUAAAGUCUUUGCCUCUGAGUCAGCGUGGUAUGUGUGCGAUGAAGCCAUCCAAAUUUUGGGUGGUAUGGGUUUCAUGAAAGACGCAGGACUGGAACGAGUCAUGCGAGAUUUGCGUAUCUUCAGAAUCUUUGAGGGAACAAACGAUAUUCUUCGGCUGUUCGUAGCACUGACCGGCAUCCAGUAUGCUGGUUCUCAUCUCAAGGAGCUCCAGAAAGCCUUCAAAAACCCGGCAGCUAAUUUGGGAUUGAUCUUUAAGGAAGGAUCUCGGCGAGCCAUCAAAAGCAUUGGAUACGGAGGUACUGACCUGACCACGUUCGUUGCCGAUCCACUGAAAGAAUCAGCCAGACAGUGCUCAGAAUCCAUUGAUCUCUUCGGUACAGCUGUUGAAUCCCUAUUGAUAAAACACGGGAAGGGAAUUGUAGAAGAGCAGUACAUGCUGAACCGUUUGGCCGAUGCCGCCAUCGAUACCUAUUCAAUGGCAGUAGUUCUAUCCCGCGCAACUCGAGCGGUUCGUAACAAUCUACCUUCAGCCGAUCACGAAAUCCUAAUGACGCAAGCAUGGUGCCACGAGGCUGCCGAUCGAGUACGCGUCAACAUCCGCAAGAUCAACACCGAUUCGUUUGCCGAAAACUACAGCCGAAUGAGCCAGAUUUCCAAAAACAUCUGCACGAACAAUGGAAUUGCGCACAACAACCCAUUGGACAUCGAAUAAACCCGACCUAAUUUUUAAGGACGGGUUUCUCUGUAGAGGAUAAAAUGGUUCAUAAUGAUUUUCUCACGAAAAUUUCAAUUGAAGAAUCCCAAACAAAGCUUGCGACAAGACUUAAUUAGCCACAUCCACCACUGAAAGAAAAAGCGCGAUGUGCCGAAACCCCCACCAAGCUACGGAGUUUUGGAGUGCAUCCAAUAGUCUUUGUAGGCAGAUAAAGUUACGAUUAGUUAGCCAAUUCCAUGGAUACCACUACUUUUUAUUAGUAUCACUUAUGUUUUAUGGUUUUAUUUUUCUCUAAACUUAUCACAAGCUGUUUGUUUUGUACAUAAUUUAAAAGUCUUAUAAUAUAGUAAAAUCGAUCUAAUAACGGGA